GAGGGCGCGGCCGACGCCACCGAAGCCGGUUCUCUCGGGUCGCCGUCAUGACGGGGCGCAAGUUUCCCAAGGAGAAGAAGCGGCACCGCUCCCGCCUGGGCUGCCUGGAGGAAGGAGGCACCGAGAGGAAACGCCGGAGCACCGAGUCGCUUCAAGGCCUGGCCGAGGAAGCAAAAUGUACUACUACACAAGUUCUAGAAAAUGAGGAUGUGGAAGACGAACCCAGUGACCUAGAAGAAGGUGGAUUAGAUCUCAGCGUGCAAUUGAAGCCAGUUAGUUUCUACAUCACAGAUAAGAAGGAAAUGCUUCAGCAGUGCUUUUGUAUCAUAGGGGAGAAGAAAGUACAGAAAAUGCUGCCUGAUGUCUUAAAGGACUGUUCAAUAGAAGAAAUCAAAAGGCUUUGUCUUGAACAGUUGGAGCUCCUGUCUGAGAAGAAGUUAUUGAGAAUUCUUGAAGGUGAGAAUGAAGCUGACUCCGACAGUGAUGAAGAGGCUAAUGGUGGGGAAGAGAAGACGGCAGUUGAAUCUAUUAGCCAGCAAGACAAUAGUAUAGAUUCUACUUCUUCUUUGAAGGAAGACAACAAACUGGAAGCUUUGGACUCAAAGCAAGGCAAGGGAGAAGACAGCGAUGUUCUCAGCAUCAACGCAGACGCAUACGACAGUGACAUCGAAGGCCCAUGCAAUGAGGAGGAUAAUUCAGAAGGGCUAGAAAGGACUGUCAGAAGUGGAGAUGGUCCAAUAGACGACCUCCAGAAGGACAUUGAUAAAAGCGUGAACGAGAUCCUGGGGCUUGCCGAAUCUUCCCCAAAGGAGCCAGAGGCAGCAACUUUGGCGGUUCCUCCAACAGAUGAUGUCCAGCCUUCAGCGCAGCAGCUGGAACUCCUGGAGCUUGAGAUGCGAGCGAGGGCUAUUAAGGCUCUCAUGAAAGCCGGAGAUGUAAAAAAAUAGCCCCAGGGCUGUUUCAUUUGCAAGAUGUCUGCAUUUGUUCUGAUGGGUGUGAUGUCGGCUCCCUUCAGUGCUAAAAUAUAUCUGAACCGGUUUUGACAUUCCUCAUUCAAGCCCUUUGUGUAUCCUGACCCAUGGCUGAAGAAGUUGGCAGCAGUUUGUCACUGCCAUCAGAACUGUGUGACUCUCGCACAAAUGGAGAGGCUUGACACUGGCCAUUUUCUCUCUUUGUGUUGGAUUUCCCUACCCCCACCCCCACCCCCAACACGAAUUGGGAAAUGGUUGUAGAUCAUAUGAAUCUCUUGCUAAAUCCCGGUGCUUUGCAGAAUAAUUGGGGAACAAUGUAAGGCCUUCUCAGGGCUUACUCCAGCAUUCUGAGGAGGUUCAGUUGGGGAGAAAGAAAGGAAGAAAGACCACCGCUCCUUAGAGACGGAGCCCUAUCGGGCGUGUAUAUUGAGAAAUCCCUUGCACCAGCAGUUGAGACCCAGAUUGCUUGUUUUCGUUGGGUUCGGUUCAUGAGCAAAAUAUUGUAUGCCCUAUGCCAUGGGAGCCAAGAUGGUAGUGCAGUCUGUGGAGCCCUCAAUAGGUCUUGGCAACUUCUGGUGCCAGCCCAUAAGCAUUCAUAAUCUCUGUAGUUUGAAACAUAAUGCAGUUACUGUCUCCCUUAAUUUUUAGUGAGUUUUAAGUAAUGAUGUGGGUGCAUCCUAAAACACACCCUUUAAAACGAAUUUCUGGUGCUUGACAGUAGUGAUGUGCGUAGCGUCCAGCUUUCCAGGACAUGUUACAAAUUCAUUUUUAACCCCUUAAGUGCAUUUUUAAUGUUAAGUUAUAGGCUUAAUAUGGUUAAAUGUAAUUUGUAAACUCAGCCUAGGAAGACCCUUUCCUACAACUAGAUAGGAUGUUUUGACAAUGCAGAAGUAGAUAUUUAUAUGCAGUUGGGGUAGUUGUUAUGCAUGUGUCUAUCCUGUACGUUAUGGAGCAGAGCGACUAAGACUUAAAAUGUCGGUAUCCUGAGGUUUUGUUUUGAAGUAAGUCUGCACUGAUUGCAGGAAAAUAAAGACAUAAAUAAAAAUUUAUGACUCCUUCUUCAGGGUGCAAGGCACACCAAUACCUGCUCUUUUGAAAACGGCCCAAAAGUGUGGGAGAUCAACAUGUAUUAAUAAAUACAUUUGACUAUACAUUUC